AUACAAGGUUCUUUCGUUUACAAUGUUAUAAUGGAUGUUACAUUGGCUUACAAUGUUAUACUGCAUAAAUGCACAUGCUGCAUGAGUAACUAAUUAAUUAAGUACAUUAUACAUGUAUUAAUGCACAGUUUCAAUCCAUGAUAGCCGCCUAAUAAUUGAUCGUCUUUGAAAUCAAGAAAAAGUUAUGUAAUUGAAUAGCAUUAUGUAAUUCAUUUUAAUUCAAAUUUCAUUGACACAAUAUGAGACACACUGAAGUGUGUGGAAUUGAUAUGCAUUUUUUAAAGAAUAGGUUGAAUUAUGUGAGAGGAAUAUGUGGUUUGAAUGGCUUGUGCACCAAAUUAACAUGGGAGCACUUGCAGCCAUCUUGCCUUCAAAACAACUAUCAAACUUGAAUGACCAUUGUCUUCAAAACAUUGGUUUAAUAAACAAUUCUGUAAAUGUUUUAUUUUAUCUUUCUAGAUGUCAUUUCAAAAAGUUAUAAAAUUCAAGUGAAAUUAUCUUCUGACUUCACCGUCAACAUGUUGCAAUUUUGAAUUUUAAAUAAAUAUCACAUCACCGGGUCUAAAUUUUCCUUCUUAGAAUACUGUAAAAGAGGAUUAUUACAACGUAUUAUUAUUUAUUUAUUUUUAAUUUUUGAUACACCUUCAAUCACAAAAAGAUUUGUGUUGAUCUUUAAUAGUUCCAAAUUCUAAUGUAGGGUGCAAAAAAUUCACCAAAAAGAUGGAAAGUUGAAUUGAGCGUGUCUUAUUCACAUCUCCUUCCAUGUAGACAAACUUCAGAAAUUUUUCUUAAAGAAUUAUUUUCUUCACCCACAUGUACAAUAUGGAAGUCUUAUUUAUAUAAUGAUUCCUACAAAGUGUUGAAUUGCUAUGUAGGACUUAAAGGGCUUAAAAAUGCAUUGUUAUUGUCAUUAGAGAAGGAUGUAAAUGGUGGACUUGUUCCACAAAUAUUUGAGCAAUGAAAUUUUGUCCGCCAUAUUGCCAAAUGUUUUUUGCAAUCUUUACGAGGGUUUAAACGAUCCGGAGUAGGCAAUAAUAAUAAUACAAUGUCUUGUGAAUCAAAGCCACCUUUGAUACUACACGAGACUUCCAAAGUUGAGUUGUGGGCACAACAAGAAAAUAAUAACACCAAUAAACUCUAUUCAAAAGAAAACCAAGACUCUUUAAACUUGAAUGGAACAUUUAAACCUAGCAAAAGCAUUGAAGGAUUAGUGAAUGAUAGUCAAUCAAAUUCUCCUAUGAAUUGUGAAAAAACUUUACUUGUGCAUUUGCAUGAAAAGGAUGGAAGAAGUUGGCCACCGGGAAAAAAAAAUAUUAGGUCAAUGAAGAUCGAUGUGGUAUUGAUUGGAAAAAAAUAUAGAACCAUCUUGGAAGAGACGAAAAACCUCUAUGUCGAUGCUUCCAAUCACAUUCAACAAGAUGUAGUGCCCGUGCAAAGUCAAGUUAGCAAUUCAUUCCAUAAAGAUGGACAUUGUAAAAAUUUGGUUGUUCUUGCCAGUCAUGCACAAGCAAGCAACAAAGAUGAUUUCUCUAAAAGUGUAGCAUGUUUUGAAGAAGAAGAUGUUUUUGGGGACGUGCUUCACGGAAACAUGAAUAAAAAUUACAUGAGACAAGAUCAUUAUCGAGAAAUAAAAAAACAUGAAGAUGACAAUAGUAUUUGUAAUUUGAAUAAAAGAGGUGGAAAUGCUCUAGGACAUAUCCUACAAGAUGAAAUGCCUACAAGCACACCAUCAAAAAUUCAGUGUAACAAAAAAGAUAUCGAUGGGGAAUAUUGGGGCAAAGCAAAUUGGUGUGAAAUUGAUAGCUACAUGACUAGCCAUGGAAAAGAAACAACAUGGACGGUGCGAGGGUUUGAAGAUGACAAUGGGAUUUUUGAAGAGAGUGUUCUUGACUACAAAAAUGCCUACAUAUCAAAACAAUUUGCAAAUACAAAUAACCCAUCAUGCAAAGAAAGUAAUUUACUUGUUACCAACACUCACAUUGAAGGACCCAAUGUUGAAACUUUACAUGGAUUGCCUCCAAAAUGGACCCAACAAGCAUUGGAAGUGCAAGUUGCUAAGAACUUACAAGAUCAACACAAAGAAUUUAGGUCAUCAAAAAAAAGAUUGAAGAUGGUUAGAACCAUUUGUAAAAAAAUAGGGAAGGGUAAUGGUGGGUCAAAAGAAAACAAUAGACUCCAAUCUAAAUCCCAUGAUCUACUGCAUGAUGAUCUAUUGUCUAUCCAUGACAUGUUCUAUUACAGGAAGCAAAGAAAGUUGUUGAAAUAUGCUACUCUUUUAGAUUCACAUAAAAGAAACAAAGAUGAAAAAAUUGAGGAAAAUAACGUCCAAUUUAUUUGCAUCAGUGCUAAUUGGAAGAAAGUGCAAAAAUCUUCUCAAGCAUGCAUUCGUUCAAGUAUUCAUAUAAACAAACUUGAAAAAGAACCACCAAGUUUGGUACCACUUUGUAAAAUACAAUGGUGUAAUAGAAGAUGGAUUUCAAAGAAAAAUAAACCAUUAAGACAAGCAACAUUGUAUUGUAUUUCAUUGAUUGAUAACAGUACAAAGAUUUUACACACAGCCCGCAAGGAUACAGCCACAAUGACCGAGAUGCUUGAUGACCAUGAAGCAAAAAAAAACAGAGAUAUGGAUUCAAAAGCAAUUGAAAUGUAUGUGCAUUUGAAAACAUUUCAGUCAGAAGUUCAGCAACUUCAAACCUUGAGGAAGUUCAAUGUGCAAGUGAUAUUUCCUUGGCAACAAAUCCUAAAAAACAUUUUCAUGGGGCAAUCAAGAUAUUUGCAAACAGCAUCCUCCAGGAAAGGAAAAACCAUGGCUGCAAUGGUUAUUAUGUUUAGUGGUAGUUAUAUUAGUAAAGAAAUGUGGCAAAUAUAUAAUCAUGUGCAAACAAUGAAAAACUUACAUGAAAGUCUUUAUCAAAAGAAAUUGUGUGACAUACUUGAAAGAAUAGCUUACUUGUUUGCAUUAAUUCGCAAAAAAGGUCCCCUUUUUGAAGUUCAAAAUUAAAGAAUGAGAAUAAAAAAGAAGUUAUUGGUAGAUGAUUUUUUCUAAGAAAUAUCUCUUAAUUGAAAGUUGAAAUGUGUUAUAUUAAUUCAAUUCUAUUUCACUGGAACUUUUUUGUACUUUAAAAAAUUGAAACUCGAGUUAGGGUGUGUAAUCAUGAUUAGUUACAUGCUCAGAAAUCAAUUUAAAAUUUAUUACAUCAUUAAAAUGUUCAUGCGAUGUUCACACGUGAAUUAUGCACAACUGUGUCAUACAAUAUGCUACUCGUAUGUUUGCGGUUGCUAAUAAUUGAGUAUCAAAGAAUUUAAUCAUAUUUCCAGAAUAAUUUGUAAUUUCCGACAUAAAAGAUUAUAUUGUUCUAGAGAUAAAUAUGUGAUUAAUCUUGUUAUUGUGCCUGAUGUAUUUGGAAAAAGUUUCAACUCCAUUUUUACCUUCUAGAAUAACUUGAAUACUCUUUUUACAGUUAUUUCUGAAAAAAGAGGUAAGAAACAAUUGACUUUAUAAGUGACCUUAUGCCGCUUUCUAAUGCUUCCAUCAAAUUCAAGUCUUUCUAUGUUAGAUAUUAAAUAUUCUAAAUAAAAAUAAUAAAUUUUUAUUAGUAUACUUCAAUCAUUUUAGAAAACAUACAUUUACAAAGGAUGUCCGAAAUAACUUGCUCAGUAUAUUAAUUUCAAAAUUUCCUAUGUACAUAUUGUUUGAUGGUGUUACUGUCUUGGUAGUCCAAGGCAACCAACUACAAUGUUGAUUAUAAACUUGUUUGUCAACUUCAACCGUUGAUUUAACUCUCUUCUUUUUAAUUUGUCCAUAUUUUAAUAGGAUUAUUUUCCAAAAAGAUUAUUGUGUUUGUAAAUCUAAACUUUGAUCCAAUCAACUUGAAUAAUCUUUCACUAGCCAAACAUUUUUGAACGAUUGUAUUAAUACCGUAUUGCAAACAGAGUGUCGCAAUUUCAGCCCAGUGUUUAACUAUUGGAGUAUAUUUAAUCAUAGAUUUAUAAUUUGUAA